AGCGAUCCGGGCGGCGGCGGCGGCCGCGGGAGGAGGCGGGGGCGGCCCGGAGCAGCGCGGGCACCGCCGUCCUGCAGCGCCCGGCAUCCCGCUCCUCCCGGCGCCCGAAACAGCCGCGCAGCAUCGCCGUCCGGCGCGCUGCUUCUCGCAAGCAGACAAUAUUAUUGUUGAAGAUUAGUCAGAUGCCUUCUGUCCAUUCCCUGCCUCACAUGCUAUGUCAUGCAAGCUUUGGAACACUUAGAACAUAAUUUAAAUGAAUGACUAAUUUGGCAAGCAUAAUGGAAGGCACACAUACCAUCCUUCAAUUGCACAAACCCAUUAUGGAGCUUUGUUACAUCAGCUUCUAUGAUCCAGAGGGGAAAGUCACAGGAUUUACUUACAAGAGCUCUGGAACUCUGGAUGGAACCAGUAAGAGUUUCUGUGGCUGCUGUCAAGUAAGGGAGCGGUUGGACAUGGAUCUGAGAGAAUGGCCAUGUAAAGACUGUGGAGUUAUUGUUUACAAGCAAACUACCACAAAAUACCUUCUCAAUGAAAUGUACAAACUAGCUGCUGAAAAGGAAAAACUGUUAUCCAGUGUUUUGAGAUCUCAUCCUAUUUUGGACCAUCAGGAGGAAAAGCAACAGGAUGUUUCCGGAGUCCCGAAACCUAAAGGUGAUAAUUACUCCACUCUUACACAUCAGCAGGAGUUAUUGCUGGAUUCUGCAAAGAGGGACAAUUUGAAUCACAAAAAAAUGAGGAAAUACAGAAGGAAAGAAAGCUUUGAGGAGAUCAGACAUCGGAAAGAGGGAAAAAAGAUACAAGAACAUCUCUGUUUACUGAGUACACAAGACACACAACAGAAAAGUAAGAAGAUAGUCUCCACAAAACUUUCUGUCAGGAGUUAUCCCAGCUCCUUUUCUCCCUCCAGCUGGCUAACAGUAAAAGGUAAGGAUAAUUUACCGGUAGACAAUAGAAUACAACCAGAAAGGUGGACAGAAGAGGGGUAUUUUCUUAAGAGCAACAAAGCUGUGAAAUUGGAUGUUGACUUACCAAGUUCUAGCUCAAAAGACAUCAAUGAUGUUGUGGCAGUUGAACCAGUGGAUAAUGGAGAAUGCAUUCCUGAAGUUAGCAAGGUGCAAGAGAGGACUACUUUGGUGAAUUCAUCUCAGUACAGCCUGUCUAACAAACUCGAGACAUUAAGUAAAUCUGCAGCUGCUAAAAUCUUGAAAAGUAGCAAGUAUGCUGAGCCAGUAUGCAAGGAGAAACCAGGAAUCACAGUUCUUGCUGAAGUCCAGGAUUUAGAUGCUUGCAUUGAAAGAGUUACCAACCCCCCUGCAGAGUCUUUGCCUGAUUCUCACAGAGAUAAUGAAGCCAUUUCUCCUGUUCUCACAGCAGCACAUAAUGAGUUUAUAUCAAGAACUGAUGUAUACUCUGUAGAUGAAGCUGCUGGAGACUCUAAUAACAGUGUGCUGGAGGAGAAGGAGGAAGAUGGCUCUGGUUUGCAGUACAAAGCAGAGAGAGUGCCCAUUACUGAUGAGUCAUGCAACCUUGUGGGAGCUGUUAAUAAAGCUCUUCUGAAAGUUAUCCGGAGCGACAGUUUAGAUGAAGCUGCAGAAUGGAAGAGACUGCAACAAAUUACGAGGGUAGACAGAAGCCUGCCAGGCUCACUAUGUGAGAAAAGGACCACAGUAUCCCAGGGAAACAGCAAGCAUUUAUUUUUGAACCUGCCUGUAAAUGAAAGUCCUGAUAUUCCUCAGACAAGUAAUAACCUUAAACUGGAAGAGAAAAGGCUGCAUUCACCCCCAUUAGCAGCAGUGAGUAAUGUUUUUAGUAAUUCAUAUCCGCUAUCUAAUACUCACAAACAAAUGUCUCCCAUUCCUUCUCCGUUAUCUUCGAGACUGCCCAGCCCGCAGCUGCAUCACCGGAUCCUCCCGCUGCCAGCGCAGAGCGCCGAGGAUGAAUCCAUCUUCAGCGACUAUGGCCAUGGAAUACACGGCGCUCUGAACUUCUCUUUCAGUGAUUUGGAGCCACAGUUUUAUCGGAAGUUUUCUGAUCCUGGAGAGUUGGGAUUUGCCACCAGACAACGAGGCCUACAUCAGAAUGCAGCUGCAGGACAUUUUGAAAAGUGUGCUGUGCAAGAGAAAUUUACUACUCAGACACAGCAGAGUUUCUGUCCAGCAGAGUCUGCUUUAAAGGAUGAUUUCACUGAACAGCUGACUAGUUUGGAUGUGGCAAACAGAGAUGAAGACACGUGGGUUCUGGAUUGCAAACUGGGGCACUCAAACUCAUUUCCUCAUUCAAGUGAGAAAGAGAAGAUCAACAGAAGUGUGUUGCAUCUGAGCCUGGAACUGAAUCCUGACCUGAGUCCCUCAGAGCAAGAUGACAAGACUCCAGGGAGACUCCAGACUGUCUGGCCGCCACCAAAAGCAAAUCAUGAAGAAGUAAAAGUAGGAUUAAAGUACACAGAAGCAGAGUACCAAGCUGCCAUUCUGCAUUUAAAGAGGGAACACAAAGAAGAAAUUGAAACAUUAAAGUCUCAGUUUGAACUCAGGGUAUUCCAUAUUCGUGGAGAACAUGCUGUCUCAACUGCUCAGCUUGAAGAAACCAUUGCACAUCUGAAGAAUGAACUUGAUAAUAAAUUAAACAGAAGAAAUGAAAAAGCAAAGGAUAUUGGUGUUUCUACUGAAGAUGAUAACCCACCAAAGGCAUACCGAAAUGUAUGUAUACAGACUGACAGAGAAACUUUCAUAAAGCCUAGUGAAGAGGAAAACAGAGCUGUGAAAAAUAACCAAAUAGUACCCAAAAAGCUUAAUAUUUCUUCUUUGACACAUAGUAUAUCUGCCCAAAGUGAAAGUAAGGACAAUUACAAUGUACAGUCAUCAGAAAGUGUCUUGUCUUGUCAACCAAAACAAAUGCUGCCUCCACCACCACCACCACCACCUCCUCCCCUUCCUGAUUCUUCACUGUCUGCUGUAGUUCCUCCACCACCACCUUUGCCAAUGGGUCUGACUUCACUGGCAUCCCAGUUUGGAUCUGGUCCACCACUGCCACCUCCACUUUCUGAAGGCUGUAGGAAUUUCCAGGCACCGCCACCACCGCCACCACCACCGCUUCCAGGGCAGGGACCUCCUGUUCCUCCUCCACUGCCUGGAUCUGGGUUACCUCCACCCCCUCCACCUCCUGGGCCUGGGUUCUUUUUUAAUAGCACUUUAUCUUCAAACCAAGGUCCUCGAAAGCCUGCCAUUGAACCUGGCCGUCCCAUGAAGCCUUUGUACUGGACACGAAUACAAUUGCAAGAUAACAGGAAAACUGCUAUGCCAACAUUAUGGGAAUCACUGGAAGAGCCUGAUAUACUUGACACUACUGAGUUUGAAUAUUUAUUCUCCAAAGACACCACUCAGGAAAAAAGAAAACCAUUGUCAGAGACUUACGAAAAAAAAAACAAGGCCAAAAAGAUUAUCAAAUUACUGGAUGGAAAACGGUCUCAAACUGUAGGAAUUUUAAUAUCGAGUUUGCAUUUGGAGAUGAAGGAUAUUCAACAAGCUAUAUUGUGUGUUGAUGACUCCGUAGUAGAUCUGGAGACGCUGGAAGCCCUAUAUGAAAAUAGAGCACAAAAGGAUGAACUGGAGAAAAUCAAGCAAUAUUAUCAGACUUCAAAAGAGGAGGAACUGAAGCUUCUGGAUAAACCAGAACAAUUUCUAUAUGAGUUGUCUCAAAUCCCCAACUUCGCAGAACGAGCUCAGUGUAUUAUCUUCCAGUCAGUUUUCUCUGAGGGAAUAACAUCAGUGCACCGGAAAGUAGAUAUCGUCACUCGUGUUUCCAAGGCUUUGCUGAGCAUGAAAAGUGUAAAGGAAAUUUUGGGUUUGAUUCUGGCUUUUGGAAAUUAUAUGAAUGGAGGGAAUAGGACCCGAGGUCAAGCUGAUGGGUUUGGUUUGGAAAUACUCCCCAAACUAAAGGAUGUCAAAAGCAGAGAUAAUGGUAUUAAUCUUGUGGAUUAUGUCGUCAUAUAUUACCUACGCCAUUGUGAUAAGGAAGCAGGAACAGACAAGAGUAUUUUUCCUUUACCAGAACCACAGGAUUUUUUCCAGGCCUCCCAAGUUAAAUUUGAAGACCUAAUAAAAGACUUAAGGAAACUGAAGAGAGAUCUAGAAGCCUCUGAAAAGCAGAUGAAGUUAGUUUGCAGAGAGUCUUCUGAAGAACAUCUCCAGCCCUUCAAGGAGAAAUUAGAGGAAUUCUUCCAGAAAGCUAAAGAAGAACGGAAAAAAGAAGAGAACACUUUGGAAAAUGCUCAAAAAUGCUUUGAAGAAACAGUGGGAUACUUUGGGAUAAAGCCAAAGCCUGGCGAGAAGGAGAUCACACCAAACUACGUUUUCACGGUGUGGUACGAAUUCUGCAGUGAUUUCAAGACCAUUUGGAAACGAGAGAGCAAAAGCAUUUCCAAGGAACGAAUUAAAGUGGCUCAGCAAUCAGUGAGCAAGUUAACUGCAGAGAAGAAAGUUGAAACGAAGAAAAUCAACCCUACAGCUAGCCUGAAAGAAAGACUACGUCAGAAAGAAGCCAGUGUGACUGCCAACUGAAAGAUGUGUGAAAACUGGAGUGGUUUCAUACCUUGCCUGAUGCUUUACUACACCAGUGGCCCAGGAAGCACCUUAUGUUAGAUACCGAAUUCUGCUUUGCUGAUCUGUCCCAAGACAAUCCAUUAAAGACUUUUGAAUUCAGAGGGUUUUGUAUGUUCAGUGGAGGGAAUUCUAAGAAGGGUUCUACAUGAGAAGUCAAUUUUUUUUUUUCUGUUACUCUUCCUUACAUUGCUUAAAAUGCAUCUUGUUGUUAAUGGUUAAUUAAAAUAUUCUGUUCAUAAUCUAUUAAUAUGGAAGAGCUAAAAUGAGCAUUUUGGAUGGUGACUUAGGUUAUGACUAACAACCUGUAGGUUAUUUACAGGGCUUUAUGUAGAUGAGAGCAAAUAUGCCAUUCAGUUCACAAAGGUCUAUUGCAUCAUACUUUUUGUUACUUCAGCAGUAACUGAAGUAAAAUUGACUGAUUCUAAAUAAUUUUACAGUGUCUAAGUAUUGGAUGCAUCUUUCUAAAACUGAUUAAAUGUAAUUAUAGAUUCAUGCUGUAUUUUACUAUAUUUUUAUAGAAGCUUCAGCUUAUGCCAUUCAUUGAAAUGGGAAUAAUAUUUUGCACAUAAAAAGGAAUAUUCAAAUUCUUUAGUUUUAUGAUUGAUGGCAUAACUGAUUUAUUAUUUUUAUGGUUUUAAUCUAACAUUUCCUAAAUUUUGAGCUUCAAAACAAAAAAUUAUAAAAUGUAUAUUUUUAUUUCAGUAUAUAUUGCAAAUACCAAUUCCAUAAAGUGAUGAGUUUAUAGGUCAUUAUUCAUUAAGAUACAAUAAUAUCUCUCCAUGAAGUUACACAUUUGCCAUUAAAUAUUUGACUUUUAAUUCCACUGAAAGCUUUCUUUUUAACAGCAAAUAUCUCAUUCUAAAAUACAUUAUGCAGCCUGCUCCUGUCCCCCUAUAUUUGUAUGAAGAAUAUGUCCAGUAUACCUAUGUAUUUAUAUUUUUUUAAUAUAUAUAUAUAUAGAUACAUAAUGUAAUAAGUAAAACUUCAGAAAGAAAUAACAGGGUCCUGAUGUCCUCCUGUAACAUUAUAACCAUUACCAUAAAGUGUCACAGCCUGAAAAUAACCCUACUGAAUAUCCACCAUUACUUGAAGAUUUUUACUGCAUUUUAAGGAAUUGGAUUCUUAGGAGGAGAAAUCUUGAAGCAGAAGUCAAUUUAAGGUAAAACAGAAAAGUGAUUCUGCUUGCUGUCCACAAGAGAGAAACUGACUUUAUGAUAAUGGUAUAUGAAGUUGGUUACAAAUAGAGAUUAGGUGAAGCUAAAAGGUGCAAAAAGCUAGUAGGGGAAAAGCAUUAGUCCUUUGCUUUGAGACUGGAAAGAACAUACAUGAGACAGAAUGAUUAUCAUACAGCAAAUUCAAUAGAGAGACUGAGAUGAAACCUAGCUGAAGUCAUCCCUAGCAGUGUAUAUUUAUAUUAAGGAAAAUAGCAGUUGUGGAGACCCAUUCAUAAAUUAACUUAGGAUUUCAGUGCAGGUUUCUUAAAUUAGUAUCUCUCUCAUUCCUGCAUAAAUAAAAACAAAGGACUCAAGAGUCACUUGUAUGUUUGGGAGCUUCUACCUGCUACAGAUAUACUCAAGAAGUGUAACUAUAAUUCUUACAAUAUGCCAGCAAAAAUUAUCUGAUUUGUAGUUUGAGUAGUCCCAUUGCAGAGAAGAAAAAUAUUCCAAAGAUUUAAGUUUCCUGUCUUCCACUAGCUAGGUGAAGUAUAUUUCUUUCCAAUACUAUUAGUGAUAAAUAAAAGGAGCAAUAAUGCCUAUAAAAGCCAAAGAACAAUAGCAAACAAGGCAAUUCUGAUGAGUGUUUAAGCAAACAGUGUUUAUUUUUUAUAUAGUUUUCUAUCUAUCAUGAAGAUAGUGUAUAUUGCCAUUUGCCCUGAUUGAGAGUUUUUCAGUGAAAUGUAUUACUUGAAGUAUUAUUCAACAAGAGCAGCACCGUUAGUGAAAAUGGAUAGUCUUGAAAAUUCCCAUUAGAAGUAUAUUGUGGAAAAAAGGUUUUAACUUAUUGAAAUAUCCUGUUUCAAAAUUUCUAAAUGUGAAUUUUCAUUUUUCAGUUAAAAUUGACUUCAUUUUGAAAUGUUGAAAAAUGUAUAUAAAAAGGGAUUAAAAUUAAAAUUAUUAAUUUAAAGCAUUCCUUGAACAGAUUUAUAAUUCUUUUAUCAGAUCAGCAAUUUGCCAAGGCUUUGAGAAUUAAGGCUGUUUUUUAGAAGAUUCAAAAACUUAUAUAGCACAGACCUUGUUUCUUCUUAAUUUUCAAUUGUCUUGACUUUACUCUCAAGUCAGAGUUUCUGACUCCAGCUUCACAUAUAACUUGAACUGUUUUUAAGUGAAAAGAAGAAUUCACCUUGAUUAUUUGAUUCAUUCUCUUAACCAAGAUUUCAGGACUCCUGGAUGGAAUUCAUCAGCUAAAUAUCACACUUUCCCCCCCUAGUGAUACCUGCUUCAGACAGUGAAUGAAGACACAGUGGUACACCUGCUGGCUUUAACUAAAAUUGUGUAUUGGAGAGGAAAUAUUUACAGAGAUGUCUACAUAAGCUCUUUACUUAUGAAAUAUCUAGACACUUCAGGCAUAACAAAUAUGCAUCAACCAGCAUUCAUCUUUGGGGUCACCAAACAUUAUGUUUUAAGCUUUAAGCUUUAGUUUGAUGCCUCACUUUACCUUGAUCUUCCUAAUUUGGGGAGAAUAAAAGGACAGAAGGAGAAAAGAAAGAAACUACACAGAUGGAAUGGAACAGAAGUCUCCAGUACAUGUCUACAUUGCUGACAAGGAAGUAGAAGAGUGGACUCAACUAAGCCAAGCAGCAAUAGCUAAAUAGUUACAAUUUUCUGGUCUAUUAACUUAAAAUACCUCAACACUCCACAGAAGUCACUUCUGUGGCUGUGAUGUAGAUGUGGCAUAAGAGGGGGAAUUUUCUGUUGUGUUUUAUUUUCAUUUCUUCUGUUACUGCCAAACUUCUCAAAGACUAUAAAGCAAAGCACUAUUAAAACCCAUGUUAUUCAUUAGUGCUUAUUACCCACAAUAAUAAUAUACAGUACUGAUUUAUAAAUCAAAUUAUUAGAAAUAAUUCAGUGUAGAUGAGUGUGAGAUUGAGAAGUGCUCUUUACAUUAUUUACAUUACAAUUUUUGAUUUUAAAAUGGAAGACCUUUGAGAUCUGACAAUACAAAUUAUUUUUUCAUUAUGUUUUUAUUAAACUAUGAAAACAACCCACAUUUUUUGCUAUCCCUAACCCAUGCAAUUGUUUUGCCUUGUGUUUUAUCAUAGCCUUGUAAAUGUAUAGAUUGAAUAUCAGAUUUUUAUAUUUAAUUUAGAAUUUUUUUGCAUCAAUACAGAAACUAUGAUCUUCAGUUUCUGUAUAUUUAGAAAAUUAAAGUACAAAGAGUGGAAUAUUCAGUAAGCAGAGAGAAAAAAUAAUUGAGCAUCUUAAACUCUUAUAGGAAGGAUACAUUUUUUUGUAAGAUUUCAGUGUUUCUGAGUUGCUAAGAAUAUCUCCUCCAACCAUAUAUAAACAGCCAGGGUAUCUCUGACCAGUCUGUUUUUUCUCUGCAUGAAACAUGAAUAAAAUACCUUGUUUUCCA